GAGAGAGGGGGUGAAUGGCAGUGGCAGCUGGUGGUGGAGCAGGGAACGAGGUGGACAAGUGCUUGCGUGACUCUGGUCUUGUGGCUGCGAGGCGCAUAGAGAGCCGCUUUUAGGGUGCGCUUGGAAGAAUGCAGCGGCUCGCCGCAGCGCGGGCUCUGCCGCGGCCGACAGCAUGGGAUCACCUACUGGCUUCUUCCCGCGCGGGACAGUGGACUGCCGGGACAUGCAUGGCAUGGCAACGACAGGCGUCAGCAUCCUGGGCGACCUCACGGGCAGCCAGCACAUUGCGGGAUGUCUUUGACCUCAACUUUCCCGCUGGCCAAGAGCUUCCGAGCGCCAGCCGACGCGAUGAAAGCUUGCUGACAGCUGGGGUGCUCCAGCCUCAGGCCUUUCGAAACGCCACCAACGCAGCCUUUAUGCGCUCCGAGGAACUACUCAAUACCAUUCUGCAGCUUCCAGCCGGAAGCCCCGACAUCAUCUAUCACAUGGACAAUAUCAGCAACGAGCUUUGCAAGAUUCUCGAUUUGACGCAGUUUCUCCGCCAGUUGAGUCACCAUGAGGAUGCUGCCAGCUGUGAUGCUUUGGUGGUUGACUUUGAAGCGAGUGGUAUCCAUCUACCAGAAGCAGAGCGACUGGCUAUCAUUGAUGCCAAGGCUGCGUCCGACCAAGCCAGCUUCACCUUUGAACACAUGUGUCAUCGUCCCACUGAGCUGGUGCGCGUACCCCGACGCCAGGUGCCGGCCCUACGGGAAUUUGCCACUGCCACCCAUGACGAUGACCUGAUUCUCAAUGUUACCGACUCGACUACAUUCCCAGCUCGCGUGGCUGACUCAAGUAUCCGCGAACAGCUUUUUCGCACCUUUUAUCAAAGCGACGCGACAACCAACGCCUCCCUGCUGUCGCUGUUGGAGAGUCGCUUUCAUGUUGCCGAACUCUCCCAGUUCGAUUCGCCUUUGGCACAGGUCACCAAGACGUUGAUGCUGCGCGAGCCAGAUUCCAUUGAACACUUUCUCCUGGAACUUAGUCGCAAAACUCGGCCUCUUGUAAACGAGUACUUGGGCACCAUUUUGCACGAUGCGCGCUUCUCCGGCCACCAUCUCAAUGCAUGGGACGCACCGUUUGUAAUGCGUCAGGCGAGGGCACAGCGCAUGAUAACGGGCAUGAACGCCUACCUUAGCCUUGGGGCCUGCAUGGAGGGCAUUGAUUUGGUUGUGCGCCGCCUGUUCGGCCUGCGACUUGAACCUGUGGCUUCUCUGCCAAAUGAGGUGUGGGACCCAUCGGUCAUCAAGCUGCACGUUGUGUCCGAGUUGGAUGAUCAAUUGGUGGGCGUGAUUUACUGUGACUUUUUCCGACGUGAUAAUAAACGCAACAACGCCGUUCACUUCAACAUUCAAUCGGCGCGUGCUGAGCAUCACGAUUGGUCUCGCCAGCUGCCCGUUUUGGCCGUGACGCUUGGCGUGCCCAUGAAUCGCUUUCAGCCAUUGGGCCUGCAACAGUGUGUGACAUUGUUUCACGAGUUUGGCCACGUGAUGCACUCAAUUCUGUCGAGUGUACGCUUGCAAAAUAUUUCGGGCACUCGUGUGGCUGCUGACUUUGCCGAAGUACCAUCGACUCUUUUUGAGAAAUUUGCAACAGAGUACGAGUUUGUGGAGCAGUUUGCUCGGCACAGCUUGACAAAUCAACCGGUGUCAGAGGACGAGUUCAAUCACAACAAGGCAGAGAUGCGCGCCGCAGACAUCCUGAACGUAAACGAAUCUUUGACUAUGGCGUUGAUUGAUCACUACCUGCACCGUCAGCCGCCGCAGAGCUACGCGGCCACGCAAGCCUUGGUUGAACAAGUUUGGCAUGAACACAGCUAUGCGCGCAUUGAUGGCGUGCCUGUGUGGUCACGAUUUUUUCACCUGAGCAGCUAUGGCAGCUUUUACUAUUCGUACUCACUCUGUAAUGCUAUCAGUGCCAAAUUGUGGCAGCACAUGUUUAGGGCAGACCCUCAAUCCACGACGAGCGGUCAACGGCUUCGGGAUCAGCUCUUGUCACAGGGUGGAGCCCGGUCGCCAUGGCAACUGCUAGAGGGAUGCAUGGCUGAGCCACCCUCCGUGGACGGAUUUGUGGACGGUUAUGUGGACUAUCUGCAGGAGAGCCUUCCUCACUGA